AGAGAGAGAGAGUUAAAACAUUGAAAAGAAAAAACCUUUUAAUAGCAGAAGGAAAAACAAAGUCAAAGAAGAAACAUUAAUAAUUAGCAGAGAAUAAGAAAGUUUAUUAAAUAAAUUAACAUAUAAUUGUUAUUGCUGAUUUCAAAGGAAUACAAAAGAGAAAUUAUGGAUUUCGGUGAUGAUUUCGUAGCACCCGCAAGCAACACAGCCGGCGAGGAAGUUGAUCCAGCUGCUGAGUUUUUGGCCCAAGAAAAAGCCAUUUUGGGUGAUCUAGAAGCGGAGAUCAGUGGCGGUACUACUAGCGCCAUUAAAACCGCCGCUGCUGUGUCCGAUGAUGCUGGCCUUCUGGGUGGUGACAUCAAUGAGUUGGGUGGUAGCGGCGGCAGUGGUGGCCUUGAAUCAUCUACCGGCAGCUUCGAAAUGAUUGGUGGUGAUAAUAAUGAAAUAAAUCCCAUUUCGGGACCCCCACCAUCCCGUAUUGAACCCGAAAAGAUACGCAAAUGGCGUGAGGAGCAGCAACAACGUCUCGAAGAGAAAGAUCGCGAGGAGGAACGCAAAAAGGAAGAGCUACGUCAACAGGCCAAAAAAGAAUUGGAAGAUUGGUUGCGUCAAACCGAAGAAUCCAUUGCAAAGACAAAAGCAGCUGCCCGUAAUGCCGAGAAGCAAGCUGCUGCCCUGGAAAAUGGCGGAGCCAUGGAACCAGGCACCGAAUGGGAACGUAUUGCCAAACUGUGUGAUUUCAAUCCCAAAGUUAAUAAGUCCGGCAAGGAUGUAUCACGUAUGCGUUCCAUUUAUUUACAUCUAAAACAAAAUCCCAUUCCCGUUAAGGCCCAAAAAGCAUAAGGUCUACGUGGGAUGCUGGCAAAAGAUGCGGUUCAAAAGAUUACACCCCUUAAUCUAAAAGUUUAGAUUUUAGGGCUUUUGUUCGGAUUUACGGCAGGCGACUGCAUUGUUUUGUCUUUUGAAGUAUUCUUUCUACUUUUGCUUUACGUUUUCUUUUUCUAUUGAAAUUAUUAUCUCCCUCAAUUUAUUAAUGUUUAUUUUCAAACACAACAAAUUCCAUUUAAUAAAAUUUAUAUUUAUUCUAUGUUAU